AGCCCACUUACAACGCGAUGCCGAGACGCAGACCAAAUGGAGGAGAGCGCGCCACUGGGCGAGAGCGCGCGGUCGUCUUCGGCGACGCCUUCCGGAACGUGACGCAAGGGCUGGUGUGCAUGCAGGAGGCCCUGCGUCUGCAGGGGCAGGAGGCCAUGCGGCGACAGGAAGAAGCGGAGCGCAGGCACCAGGAGGCCCUGCGCCUGCAGGAGCAGAGGAAUGCGGCUGCGUUGCAUGAAGCUGUUGGGCAGAUGGAGGCCAAGCUGCAGGAGAAAGACGACGCUAUCCAUGCCCUUGAGCAGCGACUGAAAGAGACGCAGGAAAGAGUAGAGGUCGUGGAAGUGAAAGCGGAUGGAUUGGUGAGGUCUGCAGAGGAGGAAGGGUUGACGCGACUGGAGGGUCGAUUGCAGGAGCUGGAGGACUCUUUGCAAAGGACAAUGCAGAAGUUCUUUCCGCGAGUGGAUGGCCUCCUGCGCCAGCUGGAGGGGACUCCGCCUCGAAAGGCUUCUUCUUUUCCCCAUCUACCCUCUACGUCGUCGGGCGCAACAUGCGGAGAGGCGGCGACUGAAGAAGGAGCUGCGGGCGGCCUAGAAGAUAAUCCGCCUCAAGUGGAAUCCCUCGCACCCUCCGCUUCAUCUCCCGCCUUUCCUCCUCCGUCCUCCUCCUCCUCCGCCGCCAGCGCCCCCGGAGCGUCUGUGUCGGAGGCGGCGGGACACCAAACAGAAAGGCCACACGCCGGUCAGGGCACACAAGCAGAGGAUGAACGCGUCCAGAGGCAGCGCAUUGAGCGCCGAGUACAGGACGUCAAAGGGAAAGUGAGGACUGCAUGUAACGCCCCUUCUCAACAUAGAGAGGUCUUGCUUUCGGCGAUACGUAACGGACGCUUGGGAGAAAUCGAACGUCUGCUUGAUGACGGUGCUGAAGUCAACUAUGUUAACAAAGACGGUUCUGUGCCUCUACUGGUUGCGGUCCAGACGGGCCAACUCGACGUGGUUGCCCUUCUCCUGCUGCGAGGCGCCGAUGUGAACGCGGUCGACGAGCGCGGAACCUCCGUGAUGCACUGGGCCGCGUUCGAUGAGCGCUGCAGCCGCAGCCUGGGGCUGCUACUCGCGGCGGGGGGCGAUGCCAACGCCAGGAGCGUGUCGGGGGUGACUCCCCUGCACUGGGCCGCGGAGAACAACGAGGCGGCGGUGCGGGCGCUGCUCGCGGCAGGCGCCAGAACGGACCUCAAGCCCUGGGACGGGCCUUGGGCGAACAGGACUCCCGUUGAACUCACCACGUCUGCAGAAAUUAGAGAGCUUCUUCGUUCGGGACUAUGUAAAUGGAUUGGAACAACG